AUGUCACUUGCUUCUUCAAGCUCUUCAUCCAACGGUGUUCUUGACGAUAUGGUUAUCGCAAUUACGCAGGAGGCGAUUAAUUAUUUGCGAGAAGAAACCGAAUCCUCUACAUCGCGUACUAGACAACCGACUCUUGAACGGGAUCGGUUAGGUGCUCAUGAAUGUCUACUGCAAGAUUAUUUUUGUGAAAAUCCGUUGUAUGAUGAUGGUCAGUUUGAGCGUAAGUUUCGUAUGAGCCGUCGUCUUUUCGUUAAAAUUUCUAAUGAUCUAGCAGGCGAAUUCCCUUUUUUCACGCAAAGAGAAAGUGCAAGUCACAAAGUUGGUUUCUCUGGAAUAGAAAAGUGUACAGCAGCAAUUAGGCAACUAGCGUACGACACAGCGAGUGAUGCGUGGGAUAAAUAUUUAAGGAUAUCAUCAAGAAUGUGUUAUCUCUCUGUACGGGAGACGAUAUUUGAGGAUGCCAACCGCCGUCGACGUUCCACUUCUAUACGGGCCCAUCAGCGCAUACACGGGUUUCCUGGGAUGUUGGGUAGUCUUGAUUGCACGCACUGGGGUUGGGCGGCAUGUCCAACCGCUUGGAAAGGGCAACAUUAUCGUGGUGACCACGAUGAUCCUACCCUAAUAUUAAAAGCGGUCGCUUCUCAAGAUUUAUGGAUUUGGCAUGCGUACUUUGGCAUGGCCGGUGCGAACAAUGACAUCGCAGUUUUAAUGUCCUCGAAUCUUUUCGAUGAUGUCAUAGACGGUGCUGCACUAGAUACUUCAUUCUAUGCAAACGACGUGGAGUAUAAGUAUGGGUACUAUCUCACAGACGGUAUUUAUCCCAAGUGGGCGACGUUGGUAAAAACUCUUUCGUGUCCAGAUGACGAAAAAAGAUUGUAUUUCAAGAAAAAACAAGAGUCAAUAAGAAAAGAUAUCGAGUGGGCUUUCGGUAAUGAUGACGGGGACUCCAUUCCGCACCCUGCAAACUAA